UGUUUGCAGGAAAAUAGUAUCAAUAACAAAAGUGUUGUGGUUUGUUAUCGAGCGGAAAUGGCGGCUAAAUCGCCUACAACUAGUGUGAAGUCGCGAGAGAUGAUCGGCGAGACCACGUUCAGUAAGCGGCGCGAGGUUUUCGAAAAGCACGACACUGUGAUUUUGCCCCUACCUUCCUCGACCUCACCGAUUCCGACGUACAGGGAAGUAGAACCGAUCAUUACUACUAACCACGGAAUAACGACGUCUAAUUUUAAACGCAACACUCCCGGCUAUUCCAGCAUGCGCGAAACGAGGAACGAAGAUCGACAAUACGAAUAUCGACCACGAAAAUAUUCCGACAAUUUUACAUCCGAACUCAAUCAAAGUGACGAUGUUGACAACAGAUACAACAUGGCUGAAAGAAAUAGACGGCUAUCGAAGUUACGACGAGACUUUUUAAAGUCAAACCUCCACGAACCGGGAGAAAACACACUUACUCGGAGCGGCGUCCGCGCCUCUCUCCCUACGACUAGUACAGUGUCGGCAAUAAAGUACAAACUUGAAAAUCUUAAUAUUCAUAAAUUUCCAUUUGCCGAACCGUACUCGACACCGACACCUGUUCGCCGCGUUGUUGUUGACUUAGGAUCUCCAGAUGAAAAAGAUGGCGAAGGUGAAAAUGUAGAAAAGAAUGAAAAACAUCAAAGUUUACCAAAUCAUUCACCAAGUUCUCCAAAAUUCGAUCAUCAAAAAGUUUAUGAGGAAUUAGUGAAACGGUAUUCGCCACAACGUAAACCCGUGAACUGGAACUUACCGCCAACGAAACCAAAAGUUGUGGGUUCAGUUCCGAAAUCUACAUCGAGUGCUGGUGAUAGCAUUGAUAGCACUGAUAAGAAAGAUGCUGAAGAAACGGACGAUGUCUUUGAGAAAAAGGAAAAUCAAAAUGUCACGAAUAAUAUAUCCGACGAGAAACCAAUAGAGAAUGUUAAAACAAACGUGGAAAAUAUACAAAACGGGCCCGAAAACAGUCAAAAUAAGAAUAAUACAAGUAAGAAAGAAAAUAUCAGUAAAACUAACGACUCGAAAGUGUCUUUAUCGGAAUUAGAAGAAAAUGACUACGUACCGGAACUAUCAACAAUUACACGACAAUUAAGUAAAGAGUCUGCGAAGAAAGUAAAAGUCGAAAGUGAUUUAACAAUUCCAGCCUUGAUUGAAAAAAUUACCGCGGAGGGUGAAAAAAUACAAAACCAUAAAGGCGACGGUAAGAAAGUCAAGCGAAAGAGAAGUUUCCUAGACAAACUUCUUGGUCGUAACAAAGGAGUUAAAAAAGAAAUACAUUAAAAUACCGUUGUAAUAAGACCCUGCCAAAGAUUUUAUUUCGGUUAAUUACUCAAAGUUAAUUGUUCUAUUGUUAAAUGUAUAAACUUUCAAAACCAUUUUUAUUAUAAUGAUGAUGGAAAAUAACUUGAAAUACUAUUUCCAAGGUAGGUCCGGCUUUAAAAUGUGACGUCAGUACUUCUUAUCACUUGAUAAAAAUUGAAAAAAUACAUAUAGAAAUAAAAAAUUAUAUUACUUUCAGAUAUGUGUAAUAAUUAUAUUGGCAUACAAGCUAACGACUGCUUCCUCAAUUUUUUAUCUUAAUGCAAUAGGUUAUCUAAGCUUGAUAAUUUGUAAGUAUGUGCCAUGUGAUGAUGGACACUCCCUAUCGAGCGAAAUAUUCUCUACUGACGACAUUUUGAUUUAUAAAGUACAUCGAACUUUUUCUACACAACAAUAUACCUUUUUGUUGAAGUUUGAAAGAAUAAAAUAAAAUAAUUUAAUUAUUAUUUUGAACAUAGUUAUUUAUUAAAUUCUAGAUUUAUUAGUUUCCUGUUUAAGUUGCCGUUUCAAAUGAAUCACGUUGUUUUGCAUUUGAUAAUUUAAUAUUAUUUUUCAUAUUUUAUUGUAUGUUUUUUUUGUGACUGCAUGGGAAAUUUAUGUUAAAACGGUCUUAUUGUCUAAUGUUUAUAUUAUAGACUUGUGUAUAUGUUUGAAUGUAAAUAGUAUUAUUUUUUAAUUGUCAUUCUCCUAAAACAUUACUUAUUGACUUGGUUUAAGAAAAUUAGUAUUUGCUAGAUGUUAUAAGCAAAAUUAUUUUAAUUAUUAAAUGUUACUAAAAUAUUA